AUGGCGGAAAAGAGGGUCAAGAAGGAGCCAGGAGAUAAAAAAGCCUUCAACAAGAACAAGAAAGACUUCAAGAAGAAAGACAAUGAGGAGGAGAAGAAGGAACGAGAUGCCAAGGCAAUCAAACGAGAGCGGCAACGAAGAGAGGAUCCUAACUUUGAUCUUCGAUGCGAACUCAAGAAACUCUGGGAGAAGCUCAGAAAUGCUGAAAAGGCAGAAGAUCGGGAAGCCUUUGUGGACACAAUCUUCGAAAAGAUCCGAGGAAGUGAAAAGGCCAAUUUUCUUGACUUUGCUUACGCUCAUGACACUACUCGAGUGCUCCAGAGUUGUCUUCAACACGGCACAGCGGCCCAGAGGCGAGUGAUUUACGAAGAAGUGAAGCUAAAGGUGGCGGAAAUGGCCCAGUCUAAAUACGCGAGGAACAUGGUCCUCAAGCUCAUCAAGUACGGCGAGCGAGACAUCAAAGACUACUGCAUUGAAAAUAUGGGAAAUGUCCGCAAGUUGGUCAGAUCUUCCUUUGGACAGAGCAUUUUAGAAUAUGCUUACAACCAGUUCGCGCAAGCUGGUCAGCGAAACGGAAUCGUCUCCAACUUGUACGGAAAGAGUUACAACAGACUCAGUAAGACUGAGAAAGAACCCACUCUGAUCACCGUCAUCGAGAAGAACGUCGACUUUAUGGAGACAAUUUUGAAGGACUUCAUGGAGGACCUCAAGGGGCUGACGGAAAAAGAAGUUAUGCAGCAAACAGUUUCGCAUAGAGCGUUUCUCGACUUCUUCAAUCUCUGCCUUUAUCUGCUAAGCUCGCCCAAGUUCAAGGAGAAAAGAAAACAGAUUGAAGACAUCCGAUCGGAGUUGAUCGAAGACUUGAAGGCAUCUGUAAUCCACAUGAUUCACACGCCAGACGGAGCCAAAGCUGGCCUCCACUGCCUCUGGUUCGGCACAGCAAAGGACCGAAAACUCAUCUUGAAGACGUUGAAGGAAUUUUUGGAGAAAGUAGCCACGUCGGAGUACGGACAUCUCUUAAUCUUGGGUGCCAUGGAUUCUGUAGAUGACACUGUGCUAGUCAAGAAGCAACUCGUUCUCCCCCUUAUCAAGGAGAUUGACAAGCUCAUCGGCGAUAAAGUGGCGCGAAAGAUCUACUGGUACAUUUUGAGCCCUCGCGAUAGAAAGGCCUUCCUGCCAGACCAGAUUAAACUGCUUGAAAUCGGCGACGAAACGUUGACCUCGAAAAAGCCGCGACAAGUGAAGCACGAGGAAAUUCAGGCUUCCGCUGUGCCCCUGAUUCUCGAGUGGAUCUCGGAAAAUAUCGAUAUCGUCCUCCACGAGCCCGCACAUUUGCCAAUUUUGUGCGCAGCGUUCGACCACUCCGAUGAGUCACAGAUUAUGAAGGGAACCGAAAAUAUUUUAGUAACGGCGCAAAGAGCACUUGCCAAAAAAUUCAACGCUGAGUACGAUGAAAGCCACAUGCUCCAUGGAAGAGGUGUUUCGAUGACCCUGAAGAAAGUGUUGAAGCUGGACAAAGUGCGUGAAGAGUUCAAAUUUUCGAAAGUUUUUGCUGAAGAAUGUGUUAAAUUGCUCCCCAAGCUAUUGAGUGACAACAGAGUGACUGGUGUGUCUUCGCCAUUCAUCCCACACUCAAAAGUCGAAAAACGAGCUUACCGCGCAGAGUGCAUCAAUAGACCUAGAAUACCUGCACCCGCAAACACUGGUUCCUUUAUUGCUGAUAAUAACUCUUCCGAUGGGGAAUCAGAGCUCAAAGAGGUGGGAAUCAAUGAAGAUUUCGACCGUGACUACCACUCGAGGCUCAAUGACGAAAUCCAAGGCGAACGAGAAAGGUCAACACACGAAGAAAACGUGGCGAAGAGGCAAGACCAGCUGAAGGGACGACUGGAGUCGGCUAAUUUAGAAAUCGCGAGACUAAAAGAGAACGAGUUUAAGCUCGAGAACGAAAACGAAACCCUCCGCUCGAGAGUAAACGAACUCGAAGGCGAAGUGGCCAAGUUGAGAAAAAUGAACAGAAAUUACGUCUCCAGGCAGCGAUCUCAAAGCGAAAGCGGAGAGUCCGGUUACACUGGUGGAGCGAUCAACGGAGGGAUCAUCUAA